AUGCCGGCCACUGUCCUGGGAAGCCGAGUGGCCGGUGGGGAGCUGGGGUCCGGCUGCGGGGUGACCAGUGCUGGCAGGGAUGGACAGCCCCUGGAGCACCCCCUUCUGAGUUGCAGGACCACCCUGGAGCUGCAGUUCAUCAUCUCCGGGUGCCUCUCCAUCGGCGCCGAGAAGAGCCCCACGGAAUGCGCGGUGAAGGGCAGCCAGACCAUGAACGUCAUCAGUGCCAUCUUCGCGCUCCUGGGAAUCGUGGCCUUCAUCGUGGACCUCAACCUCAACGGGCUCUACCGCUCCAACUUCAACUACUACAGCUAUCUCGUCCUGCUCGCAGGGAAUGGGAUUUCCAUCGUGCUGCUCAUCUUCACCAUCCUGGAAUUCUGCAUCGCCGUGGCCACCGCCAAUUUCUGGUGCCGGGCCACCCGCCUCAGCUCCAACGAGGCAAUGCUGAUUGUCCCCAGUGCCACCCGUGUGGAUCUGGCCGUGCCACCAGCGGAGCUGCCUCAGCCUCCCAGCUACACUGAGCUGACUGCUCCUGAAGUCUGACACUGAGGAUGCUGGAAUGGGAUCCUGCCUCCUUUGCUCCUAAAUCCCAGGGCUACGGCAUCCUCCUCCUACUGUGCUGCCGGCUGGGAUGUGCUGGUCCCCCCCCAAAAAAGCCAGGGACACCCCCAAAUUCCCUGCCCCUGUGCCCCUGGGCCUGGUCUGAGGGGCUCCACUUGCUGGCUGCUGUGGGAAGGGGCUUCUCCAGGGGGGAAUCUUGGGCAAUUCCUGCCUGUAAAUUCCUGGUGGGGAUGCUGGGGUUCACUCAAGUUGGGGUUCAGGAAUUCCUGGUGGUCUGGUGGUUUGGAGUGAGCCUGAUGUGUGCCAGGAGCCGGGUGGGUCACUGGAGCAUCUACCUCGGCUCGUCCCCUGUUGGCUUCAUUUUAUCUUGGGAAUAAAUGCUCUCUCCGGGCUUGUGUCUCCUGAA